CAGGCGAACAGGCCCAGAGGACCGAUCUCUGUCCAGUGCACCCAGCACGGGCGUAUAGCACAAGUGAAACGCAGUUGUGCGACCUGUACAUUGAGAAGCUCUCUCAGGGAAGUCCUUGGGAAGUACUGCAGGAUGUCAUAUUUUUUACCUCACCUUCACUCUGGCUGGCAUGUUGAUCAGUCCAUAUUGAACGAAGAAGACCGGGUGGUGGUCAUUCGCUUUGGACACGACUGGGACCCAACAUGUAUGAAAAUGGACGAAAUUCUGUAUGGAAUUGCUGAGAAGGUGAAAAACUUCGCGGUGAUCUACUUGGUGGACAUUUCGGAAGUUCCAGAUUUCAACAAGAUGUACGAAUUGUACGAUCCCUGCACCGUGAUGUUUUUUUAUCGGAACAAGCAUAUCAUGAUCGAUCUGGGAACGGGAAACAAUAACAAGAUCAAUUGGGCACUGGAGGAUAAGCAGGAAAUGGUGGACAUCGUCGAGACGGUCUUCAGCGGCGCCAGGAAAGGCAGAGGUCUGGUUGUGUCGCCAAAAGACUACUCGACGAAAUACAAGUACUAGGUACGGGCUCGGACGAUCUCCAAUCUUAAAACUCACAAGUCAUCGGCCGAAACUGCCGAAUUUUGAUAGCCAUGGCUUCAAGCCCUGCCGCCGCCCCAGCAUAUACGUAGACUUACCUGCAACACCUUUUGGCCUCGCAAACUCACGAACAAAACUCAUAAAGGUUCGUUCAAAGUUAUGUAUAUAUGUACCAUAGUUCAAUCAGAAUUCUAUAUUUGCACGUUUGUAUCUGGUCAACGGACUCGA